GGGGCGGCGGCGGCGGCGGCGGCGGCGCGCGGGGCGGCGGCGUCGCGGCGCUGACAUGGGGUGGCGGGCGCGCCGCUCGCUGUUGGCGGCGCCCGCGGGCCUGCUGCUGCUUCUGGGCCUGCUGUGGCCGAGGGGAGCACGCGGCGGCUACCACGAAAAGCGGCUGCUGCACCACCUGCUGGAUCACUACAACGUGCUAGAGCGGCCCGUGGUCAACGAGAGCGACCCGCUGCAGCUCUCUUUCGGCCUCACGCUCAUGCAGAUCAUUGACGUGGACGAGAAGAACCAGCUAUUAAUAACAAACAUCUGGCUUAAACUAGAAUGGAAUGAUAUGAACCUGAGGUGGAACACUUCGGAUUUCGGCGGAGUCAAAGAUUUACGAGUACCGCCUCACAGGCUAUGGAAACCGGAUGUCCUUAUGUACAACAGCGCGGAUGAAGGAUUCGACAGCACAUAUCCAACGAACGUGGUGGUACGAAACAACGGCUCAUGUUUGUAUGUACCACCAGGCAUUUUCAAAAGCACUUGCAAGAUUGACAUCACCUGGUUCCCUUUUGACGACCAGCGGUGCGAAAUGAAGUUUGGCAGUUGGACUUAUGACGGAUAUCAAUUGGACCUUCAAUUACAAGAUGAGGCAGGUGGAGAUAUAAGUAGUUUUGUUACAAAUGGCGAAUGGGAACUCAUAGGUGUACCAGGCAAACGCAACGAAAUAUACUAUAAUUGCUGCCCGGAGCCAUAUAUUGAUAUCACAUUCGCAGUGGUAAUCCGACGGAAAACACUCUACUAUUUCUUCAAUCUGAUUGUGCCAUGUGUCCUCAUUGCGUCUAUGGCGCUACUGGGUUUUACAUUACCACCAGACUCCGGCGAAAAAUUAUCUUUAGGUGUUACAAUUUUACUGUCACUGACGGUGUUCCUGAACAUGGUAGCUGAGACCAUGCCGGCGACCUCUGAUGCGGUCCCGUUACUGGGCACGUAUUUUAAUUGCAUCAUGUUUAUGGUGGCAUCUUCUGUCGUCUCUACUAUACUUAUCCUCAACUACCACCACCGGCAUGCAGAUACACAUGAAAUGAGCGACUGGAUUCGCUGUGUAUUCCUGUAUUGGCUGCCAUGGAUCCUACGCAUGUCGCGGCCGGGCUCGGCGGCGACGCCGCCCCCGGCGCGGGCGCCGCCGCCACCCGACCUGGAGCUGCGCGAGCGCUCCUCCAAGUCGCUGCUGGCCAACGUGCUCGACAUCGACGACGACUUCCGGCACGCGCACGCGCAGCAGCCGCCCUGCUGCCGAUACUACAGGUCCCUCGACGAUCUACACGAACACUACUCGCCGGGGGGCGAAGAAAACGGCGCAGGGUUGGCUGCGCACAGCUGUUUCGGUGUCGACUACGAGCUCUCGCUCAUACUCAAAGAGCUUCGAGUCAUCACAGAUCAGAUGCGCAAAGAUGACGAAGAUGCGGACAUUUCGCGCGACUGGAAGUUUGCCGCCAUGGUCGUGGACAGACUGUGCCUUAUUAUCUUUACCCUGUUCACAAUCAUCGCCACGCUAGCCGUGCUGCUGUCCGCGCCACACAUCAUGGUGUCGUAGCGACCCGCCCGCCUGCGGCUGCGCAUGCGUAACGUUCUGUGAUACCGCGAAUACUUGUUAAGUUGUGAUGUGCGAAACGGCGCGGGCGCUGACGCCGCGGUGCCGAAGUUGCCGCCGCCUGCCUCGACGCCCGCGCCCCCUGUAGAUAUAAGUUACCGCUGACUGCCAUCCCCUGCGCUCAAACGAACCUCUACUACUACUACCUUCCUGAAUUCUCUAUUAUCGUCUGACCUAUCCCACUCAAAUUGAGGUACUCCUUUCCAAAAUAUUACAAGUGGUCGUCGUUGAACCUAAGAAAAUCAAGGUAAAUAUCAGAGAUACGUAAGGACUAGCAAGUCAGUAAAUGCUUGUUAAUAAAAUGAGUGGUUUUCAGUUGGCACUGUAAUCAGUUGAAUUCGUGUCCAGCGUCUACUGUGUAACGGUUUGACGAGGAGCCGACAUUCCGGAAAUGCUUUAAAAGGUCAUACCUAUAUUAGAGUAGUCGCCGAGAGGUCUUCAUCCAUGACUGCGGCAGAAACUGAAAAUUUUAGCACAAAAACGUCUUCCUUCAUACCAUUGAACGACCUGAUCGCAUUUAAAAUUUAAACUUUGUUAAAACUUUCUUGAUUCUUAAAAUCUAUUGUACAGUUUAGGGUUUGGGCGGUAAUGCAAAGGCCCUUUGUUUCCUUCUUAUUCGAUUCCGUGAAUCGUGGUUAUGAUCCCUAACUUUAUUUUCGGAUGUAUUGUGUCAGUAGCUAGUAUAGAACUUUACAAACAAUGUUGAUUCAAUUGGUACAGGUUGUGAUAUGCCUCGUUGUGAACGGGUCGAUAUUGUUAUAAAUGGUAAAAUAUCCAUGGCUAUAUAGCUUAAUAAAACGUUCGUUAAAAGUUGUAGUUAAACAAAGUAUUAUUUUAAUAAAGUCAUACCUGAAUCUUUCGGAACGACUUAUACAAAAUAAUUAAAUAAAUUACAUAAUAUUCACGUUUAUACUUCUUUCCAUACAGUUACAGUUAUUAAUAUGCUGAGAUAAUAUUAGCUUUAAUGCAAAUUUUCUUCGUAUCAAAGUCUUGAUUGUGGUUAAAAUCAUACUUUCAGGUAAACAUUUAAGAUUUAAUUCACACAUUUCUUCACAAUCUUCCCAAUAAUUAGAUAUAUUUUUAUUUUAUCGUCUUAUUAAUGUGAAUACAAAUAUAAUGCUGAAAGUACAGGUAUGAAUGUUGUUGACAAUUGUAUGUUAACGAGUACGUGUACUGCCAUCUCAAACAGCUAUCACUCAUUUGUGAUUAGGUUGGAUCAGACCUGUUACACAUAAAGAAAAAUCCUAAUCAUUGUCUAAUUAUAGGUCCGUAUAAAACUAUAUUAUUUUUAGAAAACAUUGUCAACCUCUUAAGAGGAAAACGUCGAAUCGAUAGAGCGAUUGCGUUGAUACUCAAACGUUAACAGUAUCCACGCAAGGCUCCUACUAUGUUUUCCUCAUCUGAGGUACAUUACCAAUAAUUGUAGACGGUCCUUUGGAAGUUGCGGAGCGACUAUGAUUAUGACCCAAUGUUUUCAGUCACCCUAUUUAUUUAUUGUUGUUUAAUCUGUCUCAUCAACCACUCGAUAACGGUUGUACGACGACUCAUGACCCGGGCAAAGGACGUCGCGUACCGGGCGAACGUACACUGCUGCAUUUUGUACCGCAUCUUACGUAAGGUUUACACUUCGGUGCGCCACGUCCUUUCGUCAGCAUUGGGACGACCUGCUGUCUCCAAGAUUUGUUCAAUUGUUAGGGUUAAUACUCUGAAUUGCAUUUUGUUUAUUAAAUAUAAACGAAG